AUGCGUCCUCCCCAUCCACCCCCUUUUGCUGACGCUGAUAGUGGGCCAUGGCACGAUCUUAUGAUGCCGGAUGACGAAGUCUGGGGCAAUGCGAUGGAAGAGCCGCCUCAUGGUUGGGAAAGAAUAGAAGAUGAUCCGUUUGUGGAUAGGAUGGAUCAGAUCGGACCAGGAUCUGGAGGACCGCCGUCAAAGCAUCAACAUCCUCCUUCGAGAGAUCGUGAUCCAUCAGGACCUCCUCCCGACGGGCAUCUCGAGGCGGCAAAACAUGAUAAACACCAUCAUCACCACACAACAACAAGAAAGGAAACGCAUCAUCACCACCAUCACACCACGACUUCCGAGCACAAAGAAAGCACAAGUAGCUCGCAUCACACUACCUCCUCCACAACAUCUUCGUCAGUAGCUACGACUCAUACACCUACUGACGGUGCUCCACCAUCACCACCACCAUCAUCUCCUCCUCUGCCUUCAACUGCACAACAACACAAUGCGGUACCAUCGCCUGAUCCAGCAAUCACACCGUCAUCUCUUUUUGAAUCGCCUGUUCUGGUUAGCAGCUCUCCAACCCCUCCAUCCAGUCCAUUGCCUCCGUCAGCUCACGACGACGACGAUGAGCAGCAAGAAAAGGCCAUUCAAGAUAUUGACAGGAAUAACCAAGCACAACAACAAACAUCCUAUGUCGUCUCCACCGUCUAUGCAGUCAACACAAUCAUGCCAGGCUCAUAUCCUCGCAUCGAUUACAAUGAAAUCGACUAUGGUCAGCUUGGUCAAAUCGGCGUAUUCACGGACGGUGCACCAUCCUCCCACGAGCUUCAUGCCAUGCCGUUUUACAUGUCUUUUGCUGUUGCCCUGACAUUGCUCUUCAUGUUACGUAACAUUUGA